AUGACCUCGUCUAUCUAUCUAUUUAUCUAUCUAAAUGUCUCAUUUUCUACCUUCACAACUCUCUCUCUCUCUCUCUCCCCAUCUCUACCGUAUUUUCUUUCAUUCUUUAGUUCGUUCUUUCCUCCCUUCCUUCCUCCCUUCCUUCCUUCCUUCCUUCCUCCAUUCCUUCCUUCCUUCCUCCAUUCCUUCCUUCCUUUCUUCUUUCUUUCUUUCUUUCUGUCUUCUCGCUCACUUCUCUCUCUCUCUCGUUACCGCUUUCAUUUGCUCUCUUUCUCUCCCCUUUUCUAUCCCCUAGUCGCUUUUUUCUAUGUCGCUUUCUUUCUUUCUUUGGCACUUUCUUUGGAAAUUUGUCAUUCUAUCUAUCUAUCUAUCUAUCUAUCUAUCUAUCUAUCUAUCUAUCUAUCACCGGUUCAUUUUCUAUCUAUCUAUCUAUCUAUCUAUCUAUCUAUCUAUCUAUCUAUCUAUCUAUCACCGGUUCAUUUAUCAUCUAUCUAUUAUAUCUAUCUAUCUAUCUAUCUAUCUAUCUAUCUAUCUAUCUAUCUAUCUAUCUAUCACAGUCUAUUCUUAUGUACCUAUGUAUGUAUCUCAGUCUGUUCUUUAUCUAUCUAUCUAUCUAUCUAUCUAUCUAUCUAUCUAUCUAUCUAUCUAUCUAUCUAUCUAUCUAUCACAGUCUAUUCUUAUGUAUCUAUUCUAUUUUUAUGUAUCUAUGUAUGUAUCUCAGUCCGUUCUUUAUCUAUCUAUCUAUCUAUCUAUCUAUCUAUCUAUCUAUCUAUCUAUCGCCAAGUUUCUUUCUGUCGCUCUCUUUCGCUUUUUCUUUCUUUAUUUAUUUUUUCUGUUCCUCUAAUUCUUACUUUCUUUCCUUUCCGCUCCUUAUAUGUCGCUCUGUUUCUCUCUCUAUCGCGUUGUUUCUUUCUUUCUUUCUUUCUUUCUUUCUUUCUUUCUCUAUCGCUCCGUUUCUUUCUUUCUUUUUCACUCCCUCUAUUACUAGAUUUCUUUCUAUCCUUCCUUCCCUCCGCUCUCUCUCUCUCUCUCUCUCUCUCUCUCUCUCUCUAUCUAUCUAUCUAUCUAUCUCUGUCACUCUUUCUCUGUGAUCACAAAUUCUUUUGCCUGGGACUCUAUCUCGUUCUUCUCCCUCACUCUCAUUCUCCUCUCUUACCCCUCUCUCUCGCGUUCUUGUCGCUCACGCUCAAUAUCCUCUCUCUCUUUCGUUCUUCUCCUUCACUCUCAUUCUCCUCUCUCGUUCUUCUCCCUCACUCUCAUUCUCCUCCCUUACCACUCUCUCUCUCUCUCGCGUUCUUGUCUCUCACUCUCAAUAUCUUCUCUCUCUUUCGUUUUUCUCUCUCACUCUCAUUCUCCUCCCUCUCGUUCUACUCUCUCGCGCUCAUUCUCUUUCGUCGCUCUCGUUCUUCUCCCUCACUCCCAUUCUCCUGCUUCGCUCUCUCUCUCUCUCUCUCUCUCACUCUCUCUCGUUCUUUUCUCUCAAUCUCAUUCUCCUUCUUCGUUCUUUCUCUCGUUCUUCUCUGUCACUCUCAUUCUCCUCCCUCCCUCUCUCUUUCAUUCAUCUCUCUCACUCUCAUUCUCCUCUCCUUUAUCUAUCUAUCUACCUAUCUAUCUAUCUAUCUAUUUUAG